AUGAUGUUGCAGAUUCUGCUCCUGCUGCUUCCAGCCCUCGUGCCAUCUUCAGCGUGGAUCCCGGUGGAAGACUGGGGGUCUGGGAACGUGACCGCAUCAGUAGGGGGGUCUGGCUCAUGCGACUGCCAUGUGUUUCUGCCGGACACCACCUUUCCAGCCGACCGGGUACAGCUCAUGCAGGAAGUGACCAGAGAGCUGACCUUGAACGUGGACAUCCAGAUCAAGAAGCUGGGCGACUUCACUGGUAAGUUGGGAGUGUACUUGAAGGACCUGGCUGCCCUGACAGACAGAGUGGAGGUGCUGGAGAGCAGUCCAGACAAAUACAUCAAGCUGGACUUUGAGCUGCUCAGGAUUGAGCUGCGAGAGUUCGAGGCACUGGUGACUCAACUUAAAGACACCUUGAACUCCAACUCCCCGCUGUUUGACAAUCUAUACAUUGAGAUUCGCAAUAUGACGCACAUCGUGAACCAGCUGGAGUCGUACGACAAGAGUAACCUGGAAGUGAUCCGAGCAGAGUUCGCCAAACUGCAGAAGAAGCUGGAGGAGUGCCAGACAGACCAGGACUUCCUUGAGCCAGAUGUCGGCAACUGCAACCACACUGGCAUCAUGAGCCUCAGCAAACCUACGGUUGUCCAAAUGAAUGGCAAUUUAGCUCCCUCCUACGUCUACGGGGGCUGGGGGAGAGACUCCAACCCAGUCCGAGGACAGGAGACCAUGUACUUCUACAGCGGCGAUGACAUGCCCGCCUCCUAUUACGUCUAUCUGUAUUCCAACUACAAAGAACUGCUUCAAAGGACUCAUUUCAAGCGCCAUGACCUGACACAUGACGGGAUGGGAAACAACUACAUUGUGCACGGCAACACCUUCUACUAUCAGAUCAACUCGCCUCUGCGCAUGAUGAAGCUCAACAUGACCAGCAACCAGUAUGAAAGCAGAGUGAUUCCCGCCGCCUCCGACCUCCUCUCCUACAACUACUACCCCUACCAGAGCAUGGACUUUGCAGCCGACGAAAGCGGCCUGUGGGUCUUGUACGCGUCCGAGGCCAACAACGGUCUGAUCGUGAUCGCGAAGCUGGACGAGAAGUCCUUCGGGGUGGUGGAGGAGUGGAACACGGGCGCCUACAAGCAGACGACGGCCAAUGCUUUCAUGAUCUGCGAGGUCAUGUACGCCACCCGCACGGUGGACCUGACCACGGACGAGAUCUUCUACUCCUACAACACCAGGACAGGAGAGGAGCAACACUUGAGCAUUCCCUUCACCAAGUUCCAGGAGAAAUACAGCAGCCUGUCGUAUAACCCUCAAGAUCGCAGGCUCUACAUGUACAACAGCGGCUACUACGUGUCGUAUGGAGUGAAAUUCAGGAAAGAGUGAGUCUUUCUGAUCCAGCAGAUCGUGAUCGAUAUGGCUGAUCCAAAUCUGUGAAUGAAUCAAUAAA